UUACACAUUACACAUUACACAUACAUACAUACAUGACACAGCACACAACACACAACACACAACACAUACAACACAACGUUCCAUUUUUCUCAUUCCGUUUCCCAGCGAACUGUAUCUCUAACCUCUCAUCAACUUCUUCUUAUUCUUCUCGUCUUCGCUUUCGCAUGUUCUCGGAGCUCCGGCUCCAUCAACGGAGCCCCGAAUAACCAUUAAACUAUACCUGUUUCUAUUUCUCUUUUCUCUUUCUAUCUCUGUCUAUUGUUAUUGAGCUUGCCUUCCGAUCGCAAAAUGUCAACAAGAAGGAGUAACAUAGGCGCGUGGGCCGCCGAUGCUGAGCGAGCAGAGGAGGAGGAGCAGGAGGCUGCGGCCGCCGCGGCCAUUGCCGGAGGUAGUGGAGACGCCGGAUCGUUUGACUUCCCGAGCCUGAAGGAGGCCGUGAGCACCAAGCCCAAGAAGAAGAAGAUGUCGCUCAUGGAGUUCAACAACUCCGCCGGCAGCGGUGGUGGUGGCGGGGGAUUCGCGAGGGAGCAGAGGGGCUUAACGCCAGACGAGAUGCUCCGCCUCCCGACAGGGCCUAAGGAACGCUCCGCCGAGGAAAUGCAGUACGGCCGCGGGUUUUCUAACUACGGAGGCGGCCGCUCUGUCCCGCCGCCUGGCCGAGGUCUGGACCGUAACGACGGCGACGGUUCCUGGGGCGGAGGGAGGAGAUCCUAUGGCGAUUUCGAUGAAGAGCGCAGGGGCGGUCCUCGUUCUAGGGUUUCGGAUUUCGAUCAACCUUCGAGAGCGGACGAGGUGGACAAUUGGGCUUCGUUGAAGAAACCAGUUCCGGCAUUCGAUUCCGGUCGACAAAACCGGUACGGCUCUCUCGGCGGUGGCGGUGGCAGUAGUGGUGGCAAUGGAGAUGGCGGUGUUGGUGGUUCUAGGGCGGAUGAGGUGGAUAAUUGGACGGCUGGUAAGAAGUCUCUUCCUGUUAGAUCUUCCACGUUUGGUUCUGGUUUCCGCGAUUCAGGUCCAGAGCCUGAUCGCUGGACACGUGGCAAGCGUGACACACGUGACUUACGUGACAGCGAUCGGGAGCGGCCGAUAUUGGUGCUGGACCCGCCGCAAGGCAACGGUUCCGUGAACGAAAUGGAGGCAGUGGUGAAGACGAACAAGCCGAACCCUUUUGGCGCAGCGAGGCCAAGGGAGGAGGUUUUGGCGGAAAAGGGAUUGGAUUGGAAGAAGCUCGAUUCGGAGAUUGAAUCAAAGAGGCCUAUAAGUGCACACUCCAGCAGGCCCUCCAGCGCGCAAUCGAGUUGCUCCGAGGGGCCUGCCGGAUUGCAGGUGAAGCCGAAGGUGAAUCCCUUUGGGGAUGCCAAGCCUAGGGAGGUUUUGCUGGAGGAGAAGGGAAUGGAUUGGAAGAAGAUUGAUCUUGAAUUGGAGCAUCGCCGUUUUGAUAGGCCAGAAACAACAGAGGAAAAAUUGCUGAAAGAAGAAAUUGAUAACUUGAAGAAGGAACUUGGGAAAGAGUCUGAAGCAAAUUCAAAUAAGAUUUCUGGUGAUGAAGUAGACACAACCAAUAAAGAAUCAAUGUUACUCCAGAAAGAAAGGGAGCUGGAAAUUCUUACCCGUGAUUUAGAUAACAAAAUUCGAUUUGGGCAAAAAGCCAUUGAAGGUCCAGGCUCGGCAAUAGGAAGGACUACUGGUUUUCCUGAUAGACCGCUUUCUCAAUCUGGCUCGUUUGAGGAUUCUAGAAGUGUUGAUUCUGCAGACAGACCUCGAUCCCGUGGCACAGGAGAUAUGUGGGCACGUUCUAAUGAGGGCAGAGGACCGUUACGUUCUAACGAGGACAGAAGACCAUUACGUUCUAACGAGGACAGAAGACCAUUUCAAGGUAGCAGGGACAGAGGAUGGUUUCAGAAUAGCAGAGACUUAGAUAGGUCCAGGUCAAAAGAGAGGUGGUGAAGGGAGUUUUGUGUUGAUGAGAGUUAUCUUCAACUUUUGAUAACACGAGAAUCUAAUACUAUUUUGUUUUAUCUUUUCUAAUAGUUUUGUUCAUUCACUCCAGGAAUUGGAGCAAGAAUCAUUUGGUACUGGUACUAGAACUCCUGCCUUAUCUAUUGUUCCUUCUGGAAACAUUGUAAAUUUAUUUAUUCAGUAAUUUUUAGGAGCCUGUAGUUUCAUUAGGAUCAAAUUUCUUAUUAAAAAUUAUUAUGGAACUCGGUGAUUAAAUGUGAUAUUUUUCCGAGUCUUGUAUCAAGACAAUAUCUGCCGGAGUGAUUUUCUGACGCAACUAAUCAUUCAAAAUGCAAGUGGUUUGGUUUCAA